UGUCUGAUUAGAGCUAUAACAAUCAAAACUGGCUACAACCUCUACGUUCUUCCUGACGAUAAGGUCUGCCAURCCAAAAAGGGUGAUAUACUAGGGUGGGCAAUAGAUGGUGCUGGUCGUAUUGCACAUCGAAACGACARCAAGAAAGUUCUCAGGUAUACCKCGAUACCCUCUCCUACAAGUGUAGGACAAAACAUCACCCAUGAYAUCCCCUACACAGAAAUARCUGUUGAAUAUCUCGUGAAAGYAGUUGGUGCUGAAGGUGCAGUAUUCAAAACACAGCAUACCAUCAACAAAGUGGGGUCGGACUACUUAACCGUGCAAGUUACAAAYAAUAUGAUGUCACUUCCUGUGACGUCUGUCCGGGAAAUAAGGGGUCAGCAGCCCUUAUCGUGGAUAUYUGGUGCGUACYUCCAAGGGUUCAGCUAUUUUGGAGUGAAGAAMCCCGCACCAGUCGAGUUGAUUGUGAAUGUUUCGUCUGCUACCAAUGUGACCGUAACUUGUAAGAACAUCACAAGUGGAGAGGUACUUUUCAACUUCGUGAACCUGCCGGGCAAGCCAGGAAUCUUCUUCCUUGCUAAAGCAAAUCACUCGUUUGAUCAAGAAGGAUUCUUCGAGCUGUACAUYGAAGCAUCAAACGAAAUCAGCUCAGUCAAUACAACAAUCAACGUACUUCUUCCUGGGGACAUUAGUGGGUUGAACGCUAAUCUAUCCCAACCGGAACAACCUGUUUACAUGGGAGUUGAAACUGGUUUAGUGGCURCAUCGGCGAGUUCCUACCUGCGAUAUAAAUGGCUCAUUGGAAAUGAUGAAAUUGGCUUUCUUGAGAGCAACACAACCACGUAUAACUUUAAACAGGAAGGYUGGAAURAGGUGAYUUUAAUUGCGACCAAUCUUGCUUUUAUCAGUAAUGUGUCGUUCACUGUUAGAGUUAUGAACCCGCUUCGGAUUACGUCMCCAGCCUGGAACGCAACUAACAAAGCCAUUACAUUCAGCAGCGAACUAAAKGGAGCAUUCAACGCUUCUCAGUACUACAUGUGGAGUUUUGGCGACGGGUCUACUAAGAAUGGAAUUAAUUUCAAGUCAGUACAACACACUUAUACAAAAGGUGGUCACUUUAAUGUUAGCUGUAGAAUUCAAAACGAAGCUCCGAUCAUUUCUACGCGAACCAUUUUCAUCCUUGAACCAGUAACGGGGGAUUGUCUUCUACCUUUGGAUGGCGUUAGACUUGGAGAUAAUAAAACGUUYRUUGCACAAUACAGUACUGGAAACAACCUGACGUUUGACUGGGCGUUGCAAGGAAGCACAUUUGCUAUGCUUGCUAUCUGCCCUGAUCGAUAUUUCAGUUACCWGUUUAAAAAGCAUGGUGGUUAUAACAUAACUCUUAAGAUAUCGAACGCUAUAUCCUCGAUUAGCUGUUACAAAACUUUCUUUGUUGAUGAAAAGAUCCAAAAUGUGUCCAUUAAGGCUUACCCCAACCCCGCUCCAUCAAACUCAACGGURCGUUUUGAAAUAUCGAAGAAGAAUGGUACGAAUAUCAGAUAUGACAUCGACUUUGGUGAUCGUAAUYUUAUCAGGAGUUUUGAUGGCCCGCAGUGGGAAUACAAUAGGACUUUCACUGCCGGGAAAUGGCAGGUCAUAUUAACGGCCAAUAACUCUUUGGGAAARGAAAUUGUAUUUUAUAGUCUUAUCGUCCAAGAUGUCAUCAAAAACAUUAGCAUUACUGUAGACCACGACGGUAUGUACUUAGAAAGACCAUACGUCGCUAUUGGAGUAACAAAAGCGAUACGAUGUCAGGCUGACCAAGGUACUGAUGUCUUCUUUGACUGGACCAUCGAAGAGAAUAAGUACAAAGACAAAGGAGAUCUUCAAAAAUCAGGCCAAUCCGUCGUUCUUAGGAGACAGACUUUUUACAAAGAAAAAGAAAUCGGAAUUAUUGUUAACGCGUAUAAUUUGAUCAGCAAUCAAAGCACUUCUUUAACUAUCGUCUCGCAACUCCAAAUUGAAGACUUUGACGUUGAGGCUCCGAAAGGCGUUUCCUUGAACGAAGAAUUCAUCUUGAACUUUCAAAAUAAAGGGAGUAAUGUUGCUUACCGAAUCCGCUUUGAUGACGGCACUCCUGAUAUCACUACCAAAAACUCUUACGUCAAAAAAUCAUUCAACAGUCAGAGAGAAUUUGCUGUGUAUGUUUGGGCGUUUAACCAAGUAAGCAAUGUUUCUGUGUCGAAGACAAUAGCCGUUCAGACAAAGAUUGAGGGAAUGAUGGCCUGGCCUUCGAAACUGGUUGCUGCGGUUAACGAACCCAUAACACUGUAUUGGAAUAUUUCAAAAGGAAGUGACGUGACCUUUCUCGUAGAUUUCAAUGACGGGCCUGUCAAUCAAAUCAAUGGAACGUCGCAUCCCGUUGGGAAAAYAUUCAGUAUUAGUCAAUCCUGUAAGACGGUAAAGACCUUUAUUGUGAUUGUAACUGCCAGAAACCACCUUGGACAAAGCCAGACUMAAGUAAAUCUGCAAAUUGAGGAAGCCAUACAAAACCUAAGAUUAGUMAGCCUCGAACCUAAGCAAGUGAAUGUGUUUCAUCCAAUCACUGUUGAAGUCACCAAAGAUAAAGGUAGCCAUGUGAAAUUCACCUUUGACUUUGGUGACGGUCUCGGCCCUGUGAAAUCGGACAGYAGCAAAGUCAGCUACAAGUACCGUUACCCCGGUAGGUACACAGUGAAUAUAACUGGAAGCAACCCAAUCAGUAGUAGGUCCAUAGCUGAAUCUGUCCAAGUGAUAUCUGAUGACGUCCAAGCAAUCGAAGGGCUUCAAGUGAUUGCAAAAGCAACCAGGUUUGGCGAAGAAAGUCAUAUAUAUAUAAUUAGCGAAGGUGGGACAAACUACGAUUGCGAAGUGUCAGGAGAGGACUUGAAGAAAAACUUAAAAAUAAAAUACGAUGAUUUAAAGAAUCCAUUUAAGCAUACAUAUACUAAGGCAGGUAGUUAUGUCAUCAACGUGAAAUGCGAGAACAAACUCAGUUCUCGAACUGCCAGCGUUACAACGACAGUAGAASAAACCAUCGAAGGACUGCAAUUUGAAGAAGACUACCAAUCUAAAGAGAUUCGGUUUGGAGAACCACACGAGUUUAAAUGGUCGUGGACUCGAGGCUCUCAUGUCCGAUGUACUGCAUACAUUCUAUCGAAGGAAGACAUCGUCAAGACCAUAACUAGAAUUGAGAACUGCAAAAGUAUCAGUAUUCUUCCUGGAUACGUGGAGRUUCCUGGAAUGUAUACUUUGCGCAUUGAAAUCCAAAAUUCUGUAACGCCAACGUUGAGUCUUUCAGUAGAUAUUUUCCUUGUUGAGAAAAUUGCUGAAGUUCGACUCAAUGUAAAUCCUCAUGUACGAAGUGGUUAUCCUGCAAUGAUGUUUUUGGACAUGAAAGCUGGUACCCGUGCUACCUCGGUCUGGAUGUAUGGAGAAGGGAAUGGUGCAGAGAUUCAACGUAGUAAAUCACCCAGUGACCGAUUYAUUCGUUCAAUGCGAACUUUCAAAUCGCCUGGUGUGUACAACAUCACUGUGGUGGUUUGGAAUUGUUUUAGUUCAAAUGCAACUGCAUCUGCGACGGUUACUAUUAUCAACCCCGUGACUGGAUUCCAGGCUGUUCUACUGCUUAAAAAGGAGUGGCCUGUGAAAAACGUUCAGUUUCAGUUCUCCCGCAACAAUAACACGGCUGCUCCAACAAAUGCUAACUUUGAGUUUGAAUUUGGCGAUGGAUCAGCUAAAAGUCCAACGCUUCCGCUAAAUUCGUCUCAAUUGGAUUUCACAUAUAAUUAYGAGUACAAAGAACCCGGAUGCUACACCGCGAAACUAAGGAUCUUCAAUCAAGCAAGUGACGCAAAGUUUACAAUACAAGUAAAGAUCGAAGAGAAGAUAGAAAACCUUACAUUACAAGCUGUUCAGUCUGUUCAAAGCCCAUCUCCUCGAAUGCCUGGCUUUGGAAAAAAUGGAAACUUCUUUCCUAAGGAAUAUCCCGUGAGCUUUCGUGCUGGUCAUAGUAAAGGAACAUGUGUGAGCUACGAGUGGUCCUUUGGAGAUAACGAAACAGUUCCAAGCGAUUCCUUAGCAACUGAUCAUCGCUAUGCGUUACCUGGCAACUAUAAAAUCCAAGUUAGUGCAUCGAAUAAGCGCGGUGUUGCAACUACGUCUUUGGAUAUCGGUAUUAGAUGGUCAAUUGUUGGGCUUUACGUUGUUUCAAGUAGUCCGUCAAAGCCAGGAGAUAGAGUAACUUUUAUUGUUUUCUGUGCGCAAAUUGGAAAUAAUUCCAACUUUGUGCUUGAUACCGGCGAUAAUCAUAACAUAACGCUGAACUUUACCUCGAAAGGUAAUGGACAAAAUGAAAUGAAGCAAUAUAUAAGUACUGAGGUCAAACUACCUUUUAUUCCAAGUACUUAUUACUCAGCGGUAACUUAUCAUACUUACAAUGAGAAGGGCGUGUAUGAAACACGUGCUUAUGCGUGGAAUGAAGUAUCUCAGAAAACCGCGAAAACGCACGUGGUCAUUACUGAAAAAAAUUGCGCGGUUCCUGGUAUUAUACUGUACGGAGGAGGAGACACGUUAGAAAAAGCUUCUAAGAUCAAGUACGGACGUGAAUUUAGGAUCGAUUCAAGAACCAAUAUUUCUUGUAGUGGAGAAGAUGGGAAAACAAUACAGGCGAAGUUUGAAUGGGAUGUUUUUAAAGCUGACGAGUUUUACUUUAAAAAUGCUUCCGGGCCGCCAGAAGAAGGCAGGAAGAUCAACAACCUUCUUAGUGAUGUCAUGUUAAACACGUCGACCAUUACAAUUUCAAUGCUAGAGCCUGGGUUCUACUUACUCCGGCUUACAGUGACGUUGUCAACAAUAGGAAUAACCAAUUCUGCACAGCGUUACAUACAGGUCAUGACUCCCAAUGUAGAGGCCAUUAUAAAAGGAGGUAGUGCACGGUCACGUGGAUGGGAGGUAGAUGUCAUUCUUGACGCGUCUGGAUCGUAUGACCCCUUGAACAAGAAUCUUACCUUUGAAUGGCGAUGUGCCUUGGGUAAAGAGACCAAGAACGAGUUCAUCUUCGGAAAAGGAGGCUGCUUUGGAAAUGGAAACAAUAUAGUMGAAAGUGAAGAACCAGUUUUUACCAUCCGUAAUCGAAGCCUUUUCGAGUCUGUCACGUACUCAUUUACCGUGACGGUCACGCCAAAAGAUGAUGAAAAGCGCGCAGGACAAUUUACACAAGAAAUUAAAAUUGUCGAGGGAAAACCGCCGGAUAUCAAUAUUAGAUGCUUACACAACUGCGCUAAGAAAAUCACCUCAGAUGAACAGUUGACUUUGGAGGCUUACUGCACAGACUGUAUUGGCAAUUCUACGGAGCUGGAGUUCCUGUGGAGUGCUGAGAACGUGACGAGCAACGAGAAGUUGGAACUGUGGCCGUCAUAUACGCUAACAAGCCGAACCUUGCAAUAUGUUGUUGUAAAGAAGAAUAUUUUUCUUCAAGAUAAAGAGUACAUGCUGAAAGUUCAAGCAAAACGAAAAGGAGGAUCGAGCGGCUUUGCGAAGCUAAAGUUCCAAACAAACUCUCCACCAAGAGAUGGAAAUUGUAAAUUUGAAAAGAAUGAAAUCGAAGAACUUAAAACCCUUCAUGUAUCCUGCGAGAACUGGAAAGAAGAUGAUACCCCUCUUUCRUAUGAAGUAUUGAUYAAGAAAAACGAUAACCAGUUACUGCUUUGGUAUGGACCAGAACUACGCGACUGUAAGGUCAUACUGGAAGCUGGCAAAAAAGAGAACGACUAUAAAGUGCAGUUGAUAGCACGAGUAAAAGAUGUCUAUGGUGCAGUUACUGACACUAUACAUAACAUUACGGCAAAAUCAUCGUCAAGUAAGCUAGUAGAAAUAACCGCUUUACUCGGAAGUGCAACAUUGAAUGGCAAAGUACCAGGAGAAAAUGCCACCAAAUACGAAGCAAACAAACAGACACUUACAGUAAAGAAAAUUCCGGUAGACGAUCUCGAAGCAACAGGUAUCCAGGAAUUCAAUCUUCCUGGUAAAGAUGUUUUGCUAGAUGGUUUAGAUGAACGACAUGAUCACUUAGGAUUGAUGGUAUCAAGCUUGCCUUUGAAUCCUUUCGGAGGAACAAAUUCAUCCAAAAUGAUURAWUCUGAAACGAUGUCGCUGGUUGUAUCUGGGAAUAACUCAAAGGAGCUCAAGAUUGAGGGUCUUUCAUCUUACAUUGACAUCUUUUUACAGAAUAAACAGCUUCCUGGACAGGAGAACGCUGUCAACGUCACGAGGGGCUCGAGUAACAUCACUGUACAUAAGAUUUUCAAUAUUCGCGUAAACACGAGUAUCUUCGUGGAUGUCAUUCCACAAAACAGGUCGACGGCUUUGAAUGUUUACUUCAAAUACUCUGGCCGCCCCACACGGGAUAAUUAUGAUCUUAUGACGUCACUACCGCGUUUCGAAGUCAACCAAACGGGAAAUAUCACAAGUCCUGGACCAUUUACCUUCCAAGUCCCGAGUGAGUACGUGAACGUUAGUGGAGAUUAUUACAUUGGUGUCAGUUCUGUUCUGAAUGACACAUCUUCUUUCUUUAACUACACAUUUGACCUUUACGUGGCCGGUUGUUAUUACUGGGACGGACGCCGUAACAUUUGGUCUUGUGAUGGUUGCAAGGUAAUGACCUUAAGAUGCAUUGAUUGA